AUGUCAACUCGACGCCAUGCCGACGAUAUAUUGAACAUCAAUGUUGGAGGCAAAAAAUAUACGGUUAGAAGAACUGAUCUGUUAGCAGACCCACGUUCGAAAUUAGCUGAAUGGUUCCGCCCUGGUACUCAAAAAGCGAUUGCCACCGAUAAGGGAGGAAACUACUAUCUGGACCGCGAUGCUAAAACUUUCCGCCAUAUUCUCUCCUACCUUCGUCUUAAGAAAGAGCGCUUUGUCCCAUCAUUGGCCUUGCCAAGCAAGCCGGAUGACUUGGCCAAGCUAGUAGGGGAAUGUGAGGCUUUGAACUUGGCGGAAUUGAAGGAAAUGGCGCUCGAAAUGCUUCAAAAAUAUCAACGAACUGAAGAACAGCAUUAUGUGACAUCCUACGUUCAGAACGCAGUUCGUGAUUACGAAACGUGGCAAUUUGAAAAAGAGCAGAAUCAAAUGAACCUCAAAAAGAAAGCACACAUCGAAGAUGAUUAUGUCCCAAAUGCAGCCUAUGAUGAAUGGGACCGUAUG